AUACACAAAUUUGCCGGAAGUGACCCAUUCAGACGUGACGUCACAGGAAGUAAAAAACAUACACAACAAAGAUGGCGUCCACAGGCGACCAAGCGGCGAAAGCCGCACACGUGGAGAAAAAGAAGACGCCUGCGGCUCGCUACUGGAAGGACCCGCAGGAGGUGGCGAGGAAGGAUGGGAACAACGUGGGGAAGACGGGACAGCAGCAGGCGCAGAAAGCGAACAAAAGAAGACUGGUUGAAGAUUCAGAAGAUGAAGAACAAGUCCUAUCCGGGAAGUCCGACCCUUUCCCGGGCCCUGCUCCUAUUCCAGAAGACCGGUUGCAGAAGUUCAAGAGGAAAGAUAAAACUAAGACGUCUCGCAGCCAGCAUUACAAGCUGAAGGACAUCAUCACGCGCUCCGAGGAAACCUCGGAAAUGGCCCAGAAACAAGCCGCUCGCCUUGACCUCGUGCUCCCGGAGGAUGCUGGGUUCCUAGAAGGCGACGAAGACGAGGACACCUGUACCAUAUCUCAGGAGGACAUCGCGGACUCCGUUGAUAUAACAUCAGCCACGAAGCAUUUCAGCCUGAAACUGUCUCAGUUCGGACCGUACCGAGUGGAUUACAGCAACACGGGACGUCAGCUGCUGCUCGGUGGGAGGAGAGGCCACGUUGCUUGCAUCGACUGGCAGACCAAACACCUCAUGUGUGAGAUAAACGUGAUGGAGUCCGUCAACGACGUGAAGUGGCUCCACAGUGAGGCCAUGUAUGCGGUGGCUCAGAAGAAGUGCCUCUAUAUCUACGACUCCAAAGGAAUCGAGCUUCACUGCAUCCGCAAAUUCAACGACGUCCUCCGGAUGCAGUUUCUGCCUUUCCACUUCCUGCUCGUCACCGCGAGCGCCACCAGCUUCCUGCAGUACCUGGAUGUGUCCGUGGGGAAGGAGGUGUCGGCCACCUGCACCAAGACGGGCCGGCUCGACGUGAUGUGCCAGAACCCUCACAACGCCAUCGUCCACCUCGGCCACUCCAACGGCACGGUCACCCUCUGGUCGCCCAAUCAGAAAGAAGCCCUGGCCAAGAUGCUCUGUCACCAGGGCGCCGUGCGCUCCGUCGCCGUGGACAAGACGGGCAUGUACAUGGUGACCUCCGGUAUGGAUAAAAAGAUGAAGGUAUACGACAUUAGAUCCUUCAAGCCCCUCAAGUCCUACUUCCUCCCCGCUGGAGCUUCCUGCCUGUCGCUGAGCCAGAGGGGACUUCUGUCCGCGGCCACGGGGGACAUUGUGCAGGUGUACAGAGACGUGUGGAGCACCCCAGUGACUAAACCCUACAUGGCUCACAGGGUUCAAAAAGCUGUGUGGGGGAUGCACUUCUGUCCCUUUGAGGACGUCCUCGGUGUGGGACACGGAGACGGCUUCACCAGCCUGCUCGUACCAGGGGCGGGAGAGCCCAACUUCGACGGCCUGGGGGCCAAUCCGUACCGCAGCGCCAAGCAGAGGCAGGAGUGGGAGGUCAAGGCGCUGCUGGAGAAGAUCCAGCCAGAUCUCAUCACCCUCGACCCCACGGAGCUGGGGAGGGUGGACCACGCCACCUUUGAGAUGAAGCACCAAGACCGGGUCCAAGCCCUGGGCUUUGACCCGUUAGCCAAACAGAAAUUUGUUCCCAGGUACAAGAAAAAAGGUCGAAGUUCGGCCGGGAAUCAUGAAAAGCGCAAGAGGAAAGUCGCCCAUGAGGAUCUGAGGGAGGACAUCCAGAAAACCGCCGAGGCCAACGUGACGACUGAAAGAGAGAGAAAGGAGAAGAAGGAGGUGCUUCUGUCGGGCAAGAGAUCUGCUCUGGACAGAUUCAAAAAAUAGAAAGGGGGGGGCGCUUUGUGCCGGCCGGAAACCCGUGACAUCCUGUGGGCGUGACUCUUGAACUUUGCAUAAAGGAGCCAUUUCUCCGCUGGGGGGGGGAAGGAAACAAGAAACUCUGACUGUCAGAAUGAGCAGUCGUUCUAAUGGGUGUCACCUUUUGCGAAAUCAAUGUUGAGUUGAAUCAAAAGAGCAACUGGGUUUGGUGCCUGAAGCCGGCGGCACUUCCUGUCUGCGCGGCUGCGUGAAGUGGCGCCCACCUCAUCCGGAGCGAAGUGUUGUUCCUCUUUGCUGAUGCAACACAUUUCUGACCUUGUCGAAUGGAAUGCGUUGGUGGACGAACUGACUGCGCAAAGGCCAAAUGUUUUAUAUAAAGACGUUCAAAGAAUAAACAAAGCUUCCAAAUUCA